AUGACAAUAGCAGUGCUUGAAAAAAUACUACCACUUGAUACGAACCAUGGUGCAGGUGUUGAGGCUAGUCCCCACGCUGAAGCUAACCGAGCGGACACUUCUGAAUCGGAAUUGAAACAUCCCACCAAGGAACUCGACAGCGAAAGCCUCGUCGAAUUGAUGGCCGACUUUCGAGCUUACAACAAACAGCUUGCAAAAUCACGACAUGAUCUCGAACCCAUUGGCAAGCUAUUAAACACAUUUUCAAAGGACUUGAAAGAACUAUCUUCAAGUCUCGUUGACUUGGAAAAACAAUCAAAUGAUCUUACGCAGGACUCGAAAUUCAACAAAGAAGUCACCAAACGCCUCGAACAAGUAAUUCAGCAAAAAGUGCUUCCACCAGAUGCAAUCAAAGACAUACUCAAAGAAGAUUUAUCAAAUCAUUACCUUGAAAAAGUACAACUCGUACUAGAAAAAGCACUGCCCGAUGCAGCUACCCUCAUUGAAGCAAAAGUGAUGGAGAGGUUCCGUGACUUUAUGAUUGAAAAAAUUCGGUCACUAAGAGCUGAACGGAGCACUCCGUCACAAAACGUCCAGCAACAGCUUCUCGAAGCAAACAAUUUAUACGUGUUUUUGCAAGUACGACAACCCGUUUUGGCAGACCAAUUGAAGCAAGCCUAUUUCCAUACCAUGCGUUGGUACUACAAGAGCAAGUUUGCAAAGUAUAUUUAUGCAUUGGAGAAAGUACAACGCAAGCCACUGGAUGGACCAGUCUUUCUCCGUCCUAUUAUUUUAUCGUCAUUUGAACAACGACUUAAAGCACUAGGGACAAAAGAGCGAUGCAUUCCGUCGCAGUUGGCAGAAACAAUUCCAACAACAUAUUACAUGGAGUUUAUACUACGUCAAUUCUUGACCGCGCUCGAAGACAAUGCAACAGCCGAGUAUUACUUUGUUGUUGAGUUUUUCCACCACGGAGAGGAAAAAGACCAUUCAUGGGUUUCGGAAGUGUUUGGUGAUGUAUUUGACUUGAGCACCAGUUUCCUUCAAUAUUUGGUCAACGGCACAAGCGAUAUAUUUGGAAUUUUAUUGCUGAUAGAAGCUAUACAACAGGCGCGGGAAAGACUAACCAACAACCAUGUUCCUAUAAUAGAUGCGCAUCUAAAUUCGUUGCUUUUACAGCUUUGGCCAAUGGUUACUCGAAACAUAGACCUCAAUUGUGAAUAUCUCAAGCGCAAUAUUGUGAAAACGCCCAAGUCAUUAGCACCAUUGCAAAUAAGUCAGCAGUUUGGUCUUUUUUAUCUGGCCUUGCUCAACUUUAGAGAAGACCAUGGACCCAUUAGUCUGCGGAUAGGUAGAGUUCGAGACGAUUUUGAGAAUGGACUUACAAAAGCUAGCGCUCACUUUAAAGGUGUAAACCGAGAGAUUUUCCUCUACAACAAUUACUUUUUGGUGUUAAAUAUUUUAAAAAAUGAGGCUGCUGAAGCUGAAGCCGAAAUUAAACAUUUUCAAUCACUUGCUGACGCGUACCUGACAACACGUUCGUGA